UCCCGUUUCACAAUUUGGCAGCCUCGAGACAACACUGAGGGCAGCGGGAAAAAGGUCGGGGGAGCGAGUCGACGGAAAUCCGAGCCGACCACUCUAAGGUAUUCCCUCUCUGUCAUGGAGGAGAUGCAGGCAGACGAAUGUGCUUCCACGUCCGGAGACACAGUGGAGCGAGCUACUGGUAGUGGUAGUAGUAGCAGCGGUAGUGCCUUCUCGUGUAUGGUGAGGCUUGCACCGUGUGAUUUGGUGAGCAGCCAAAGCGGAAAGGGAUACUAUGGAAAAGAAGAAGUUGAUGACCUUAUCGAUUUGAUGGAAUGUGAGAUGGAAUCACUGGAAUGCGAUGUAGAGUACUGGAAGACGCUGUUCAACCAAAGCCAGGACGAGUUGAACUACAAUAGAACCCUCAUUGAGAAUCUCGAGCAAGAUCUUCACAGGAUUAGAGGAGAUACUUCUGGUCUGGGUGCUCUUCAGAGUGAUCAGCAGGAGCAACAGCAGAAUUCACAAAGUUCCUCCCUGGGCCGUUCGAGCUUUGCUAGCUCCUGCAGCAGCAAUAGUGUCCUGAGUCAAACAUUGGACGCGAGCUCUCGUACAGUAUUCUCUCAAUCGGCAGCAUCCUCUCGGCCUGUGAGUCUGAGGUCGUCGCCGAGCACCUCGUCUGAUAAGAGACGACAGCGAGCGGCGCGGAGAAAGGGUAUCAGAGUUAUCCGUCUUGGCCGAAGGAAAAGCGCAGUUCGAGAGACGGCCCAAGGAGGUACCUCCCAGGGACUAUACAACGGUGUUACUUCUUCCUUGGGCUCCCUAUGGAAGCGAAUGACUGGCCACUCGUCAUCUGAGAAGCCGAAGGAACGAGCGAAGAUAUUGGAAGGGUUAACAGAAGAACAAAAGGACGAGUCGGAAGCUGAAGGGACCCCAACUACGCGUGCGCCAGAGUAUCGAGAUGUACCGGUCCUGGGUGAGGGAAGGAUUCUCCCGACGUCGCCGAGCUCGCCCCGUUCUGUUGAUGAAUCUCCUGCUGUGCAAACAGUAUCACCAGUUCAUGAUGGUGUUAGUGGCACAGCGAGGCCGGAGCCUUCCGCAGCUUCAGAUCGUCGGGGAUCACCAAGCCGACCCGCUGAGGUUGGCUUCACAUUCGAGGAGUACGAGCGCGAGGCCGAGAAGACCCUCGGAGCAAUAUUCGAUACCACUGAAAAGAUCAUCAAUGGGGAUGAGUUGAGCUUCGGAGAAUGUCUCGAUGAAGUACUCCUACCAGUUGCCAAGGAGUUGAGAGCUCUGUAA